CGGGAAACACAUUAAUAAAAUAACACAGGAAGAGCUGGUGGGACGAGAGCCGCAGUGCACCCGAGUGCACAGAACGCACGCCCGUCCUCCUCCUGACGUACUGUACACGCCGCUGCUCGCGCUACUGCUCGCGCUACUGCUGCUCGCGCUCCAACCCAGGGUCUGCGCUCUGGAGACCCUCUGCGUGUGAAGGAAGAAGACCUGCAUACCUUGGAAUAAGAAAAAGAAAGGCUGAGAAGAAGAAAAAGAAGAAGAGGGAUUAGAAGAGAAUAGCGCUGAAUUAUCCUCAAGUGCAGAUUGUUCCCCCCUCCCUCCCUGUUUUUAAAGAGUCUCUAAAAGUGUCCCGCAGGGACUUAUAAGUAUUUCGCAACCCGUCCUGUCAUUAAUAUUUUUUUUUUCCUGGGAAGGACGUCUUUUGCGCACGAGUCUGUGUGUGGCCUAGCUGUCGAUCAUGAAGUGGAACCUGUUUAAGAAGAAACCCGAGGCCAUGGUGGGCCCAGAACCCACCGGUACCGGCGCCGUGACCGUGCCCCCCACCGUGGCCGUCUCGACCGUGGCCGACAACUCCACCCAGGGGUCCGGCGGCAAGAACGACGUCUUCGAGGAGAUCAAGAGCAAGUUCCUGAACGAAAUCGACAAGAUCCCGCUCCCUUCGUGGGCGCUCAUCGCCAUCGCCGUGGUAGCGGCCCUCCUCAUCCUCACCUGCUGCUUCUGCAUCAUCAAGAAGUGCUUCUGCAAGAAGAAGAAGAACAAGAAAGGGAAGAAGGACAAGGGUGGCUUCAACAUGAAAAAUAUGAAGGGGGACGAGAAACUACAGGACGACGACGAUGACGACGACGCAGAGACGGGACAGACGGAGGAGGAGAAGGAGGAGGAAGAGGAGAAGGAGGCGGAGAAGCUGGGGAAGCUGCAGUUCUCUCUGGAUUACGACUUCCAGGAAGGCAAGUUGACGGUGGGCAUCCUGCAGGCCGCAGACCUCAUCUCCAUGGACACGGGCGGUACCUCUGACCCGUACGUCAAGGUGUUCAUCCUGCCCGACAAGAAGAAGAAGUUUGACACCAAGGUUCACAAGAAGACGCUGAAUCCAACGUUCAACGAAACCUUCAUCUUCAAGAUUCCAUAUCAAGAACUCGGCGGGAAAACCCUGGUGAUGUCCGUCUACGAUUUCGACCGCUUUUCCAAGCACGACAUCAUCGGCGAGGUGAAAAUUCCCAUGAACACUGUGGACUUGGGCCAGCCCAUUGAGGAAUGGAGGGAUCUGGAGAGUGUGGAAAAAGAGGAGCCGGAGAAGCUGGGAGACAUCUGCAUCUCCCUCCGCUACGUCCCCACGGCCGGCAAACUCACCAUCUGCAUCCUGGAGGCCAAGAACCUGAAAAAGAUGGACGUGGGCGGAUUGUCAGAUCCCUACGUGAAGAUCCACCUGCUCCAGAACGGCAAGCGGCUGAAGAAGAAGAAGACCACGGUGAAGAAGAACACGCUGAACCCCUACUACAACGAGUCCUUCAGCUUCGAGAUCCCCCUGGAGCAGAUGCAGAAAAUCCAAGCGGUGGUCACCGUGCUGGACUACGACAAAAUCGGGAAGAACGACGCCAUCGGCAAGAUCUUCGUGGGCAGCAAAGCGACGGGCACGGAGCUUCGGCACUGGUCCGACAUGCUGGCCAACCCCCGUCGCCCCAUCGCCCAGUGGCACCCGCUCAAACCCGAGGAGGAAGUGGACGCCACCUUGGCAGCUCUCGCUGGCAAGAAGUAACCCGUCCUCCGCGGCAAACUCUGAACCAACCAAGUACCACGUAUUGCAUGCCAUUCAUUGGACUGUCAACACUACAGACAUGGUCAGAUAAAAGAAAAACAUAAACUAACGUAGACACUUAGUAAUGACAAAGAUGUAUCACAGCUUUUUUUUUUUAUUAUAUCAAAUUAUUUUGUAACUUCAUUUAUGAAAUGUACAGAGGAGUAUACAGUGAUCAGGAUGAGAUGGGUAUACAUAUGUUCACCUACUUAUAGUUGAAAUUGUGCUUUCUGAGAAUGGCCAGUUUACAACCAUUGGUCUGUUGGAAUUGGGAGAAGGUUAACAAUGAAUAGUUAAAAAUGAAUUGCCGAAGGUGGGGUGAGACACAAGGUGUAACUACAGUGAAGUAGUUUUCUCAAGUUAUAUUGUCGCUCCUCUUAAUUUACCAGUUCAGGAAGGGUCACGGUGUCAUUAUUUAGCUGUAGGGGUGUGAGAAUUCCAAAGACAUAACCAUCUCAAUUCCAUCGUAUUUCUUCUGGAAUUUAUUCUUCGUUUCCAACACUGAUGUUGAGCAGGAGACGGGAUGAAAGAAAAAGACAAAAUAUAGCCGAGUGCAUCUACGGAUUCUCCCGGGUGACAACAUCAGACUUAUUUCUUCUUUUCACCCAGUGUCUUAAUCACAGAGGUUAUUUAUAUACAGAAACUAACAUUUAAACGUGUGGCAUUUAAAGUAAAAAAAAGGAGACCCUCCCCACUGUCUUCUUAAUUUUUGUUUUUAGCCUCAAAGUUACAAGCAGAAUAACUUUGAAUUCAAAAUGCAAUAUUUUUUUGGGGGGGGACUUAGACCAUUUUGUUGGAAUUACCCCGUUAGAGAGCUCCGAUCUCAUUUUCAUAGUGGUUAACUUCAGUGAAAUGAACCGGUCACGAAGCCAGUGGUGAUCAGGAUCUCGUUAAAAUGUCGGUUAUUUUUUUUUUUUUACAUUUCGGCUUUCCGGACAGUCCAUGUCCUCUUUUCUGACCCAUUGCCUCUGUUUGUUACUGUUCUGAUCAUUGUUUUAUUUUCCACAGUGUAUUCUUGAGCAAUAUUGCAAUGGCAUGCCCCGGUGACCAAUUUUAGUGUAUGGUGUUAGCGUAAUAGUGUUUCAUUUUUUAUAAAUAUAUUUUUUAUUGAAAGCGUGAUUGGUUUAGGAGCUCACCUCAUACAUGACUGAGCAUUUAAAAAGCGUGAUAUACUGUAUGUAAGCACAUAGCAUACAUAUACUCUAGAAGAUUUGGGGAUCAGCAGACAUUUGUGUGUGUUUUUUACCUUUGAUUUUGCAUGUUAUUGGUGAAACAUAUCUUCCAAAUGAUAGGCCAAACAUAUCUCUGUCUUAUGGACAUAACCAUAAGAUGUCUGCCAAUGUUGCAUUUUUUUAUUUUUUUUAGACGUCCGCUCUACUGCCUGCAAAUCUUCCACUUGUGGUUGUGAUGCCUCCAAAUCAACUACAGGACCUGACCACUAAUUAAUGAAUUAAGGCAUUAAUUCAGAAAUAAUUUUACUUUGAUUUCAAAGCAAGGAAGUGCGAGAGGCAGUCCCUCGCUGGGCAAGUGGAAUUAGGACCAAGGAAUUCUUGUCCAUUGGUUCAGCCAUCACGCACUUGCUGUUUCUAUGUUUCUUACUGUUGUUGUCUUUAAUUCUACUUAACAGUCUUGGAACAAGACAUUAAAAGCCCAAAUCUCUUUGUGUUAAUCAUUUUUAACACAAAGAACAUGACUCAUUCUUGGGGGAAAAUACAGACUUCAGCUCCCCAUGAAUUUGCCUUUGACGUGUAUACCAGUAAAAAUGCCUUUUGCCCUUUCUAUAGGUCCUUGACUAAAAAAUAAUUCUCAUUCAGGAAGCCCAAGUCUUACACUGCCAGUUUGAAGAUUUAUUUUUCAAGCGUUUUAUGUGAUUACAAUAUCAUUCCCACCAGUGCUCUUGUGUAGAUCUCGCUACAAGCCAAUAGCACAACCGAGCUUGCAUUAAGUUGCAAACAAACAACAGAGAAACAGUCAUGUCCUUAUUUUUGGAAUGACUGACUGACUGGGGCCAAAAACUUUCCCUCCAACACGCGUUUCUGUGUGGCAUACAGAGCUGAUGCAUCCCACCCACAGAUAAUGAGUCAUUAGUUCAUGUUCACCAUUCAUAUCGUAUCAUUUUUAUUUGAUACAAUAGAAAAUAUGGACCGUGAGGAGUGAGUGCCACAGGCUUUUGGUUAACGGUUCAUCAGAUUCCUGAAUGCUCCCAUUUCUAUCUUUUUUUUUAUAGUUUAAAUCCAAUUUUUAAUCCUUUUUCACAUUUUUAUAAAAACACAUGAAUCAUUUAACCAUUGUGUGAACCAUCAACCAUCAAUUACUGUACAGACCAGAGAAACACCCUUUACAAAAAAAAAAGUACAAUUUUACUUUUUUUAUGAAUAAGCUUAAAUAUUGUUUAAAUAUAUGUGAAAUCGAAUAUUUUUGAAGGUAUAUAUCCACUCCUAAUCCUGAACUUAUUUGGUGAAAAGGAGGAUGAUUUUUUUUUUCUUCCUGUGGAUACCAAACUGAUUUGUUCUCAUAUGAACAUGGUCUAUUUUGCCACUCUCUGUUACGUAAUGUGUCCCAGCCAGUUGCCAAGGUAACAAUAAGACACAGGUAGCCAGUUCUUGCCACUGGUUAACAGUUCAAAACCGUGUUAUAUAGAUAAUCAAGACCAGGUUGUAAAUACGAUAAGUUGGAAGCUGGAAGGACUCUGUACUGUAGUUAUCUCAUGACUGUGAUAGACUAUUAUUACGGAUGGGUCCUUUUUGUAAAAUAGAAUAGGUGCAUUUUCUGUUCAUUUAAAUGAUCAAUUAAUACUGAAGGUGUCAGUACUUCAGUUUACACAUCAUUCUAGACUCAGAUGUCAAAGCAAAUACUGAAAGGAAACCUACAAACAAGCAAUCUCUCUCUCUCUCCUCUCUCUCAGUCUUUCUAUUCUCUCUCUCUCCCUCUUUCCCCCUCCCUGAUUAUAAAUAUGUACAUAGAUUUAAAAAAUUUGUUAAUAGUGCAUGUUUCUAUACAACAAUGUAAAUAGCCGCAUGAUUUAAGGAAGAUUAGAUAUAUUUGUCCAAGUGUGUGUCAUUUGCCAUUUUGAUAAUAAACAGGAGAAACAGUUAUUCUCCUAUUGUACAUUUCUAGUGCUUUUCAUGACUGGGGGUGAGACAGUGUGCAAAAAUACUCAUAUAUAAUAAUUAUAUGCAUACCUUGUCUUCACCUCUACUGUAGAGUGUCGUGUAAUUCUGUGAAUUCAUUUAGGGAUAUAUUGUAGCAUGUCUGCUAUAUUUUGUGAGAUUAGCUUUUUUUUUCCUGUUUGUUUUACAGUUUGCAAUGCAGACGAACAAACAACAACAACAACAGUAACACAAUGUCUGCUUAUAUACAAGGGGUUCCAAGCUAAAAUGCCAUUUAAGGGAUCUGUCUAUAAUCUUAUAUUUCCUAGAUUAAACUUCAAUGUGGUUUUUCCCCUCGCCCAAUCACAGAUCAUUCAUGCAUCAUUGUACACUGCAGAACUGACAUACCGUUGUAUUUAAGCCAAUACUGAUCAUUCGCAACAUGAAUUUGACUACUUCAGUUAUGAAAGUAAUGGUCAGUGAUUAUAGAUUUACUGUUUCAUAUAUAUAUAAUUGUGUUCUCUGGUGCUUUUUGCCAUAACCCAGAGUUCUUUUAAAAUCUUUCUGAAUGGAAUAUCUAGGUGCAGGUUUAGAACGUGAAAAAAGAAAAAUAACUUUUCACCCACCAAACUUGGAGCCCCUUUUGUAUAAUCUACAGAACUGGUAUUUUUUGUGGUCUUAUGGUACUGUAUAAAUUCUCUGUAUCUUCAGUUUCCUAUUGAAUGCUACAUGCCACGUUUAGCUUUUGACUAAACUCCAGGUGUGCAUAUACAGUAUUUAUGUGUAUACAGACUGUCGAUUAAUAUUUUAAAAAAUAAAGCCAUAAAAGUUUGAGCAGGGACAGCUCAGAGGUCAUACGUGUUGAAACGAGCUUAUUUAAAAUACGUUAUUAACUUAAUUAACUAUUGCUUCAUUAACUAACUUGUGAUUAACUAAAGACUGUAACAAUCAUUUUAGUAUGCCAGCCAUGGUGGUUGCUAUGGCAGCCUUUUGUUUUAUUUGUAUUGUAUCUCGGUACGCCACGUCAAGCAGAAUGCUUCAAUCAUGCCCUGUCAUUUCUUUCUCGUUUGAAUUUAUUUUUGUUCUUGCCAGGUUGCAUGCAAAGGGACAGAAUGAAGAGAAUGCGGUGGUUUUAACCUGCGCUCUCACUUCUCUGUGCACUAUAUGCGGCUCUGUGACACAAAGAGGGCAGUUGUAUGUGCAGAGUGCCAUUACAUAACUGCUGCAACAGGAAGGAUCUUCCACUGCUGCUGUCCUAUGCCUGACGGCAAAAUUUGGAAAUGCAAAAAUUUGAGGAGGUGGAGUGAAAUCUGUUAGCAUAACCAGUGAGGGGGCACAUUUUACUUUGUAGUUUGUAAGAACACGCAAAAAUUCUGAUGAUGAAAACCGACCACAGAAAGAGACCCUUCCUGUUUCCUGCAGUCUCUUGAUUCAUUUUAAAUCAGUAAAUGGUUGUUCCUGGUGCUGUUCUGUGCGCAGAUUGAGCCCAGUGGUCACGUGCGAUAAUUUCAUUAUGUCAGCAUGUAAUGGACUGAUCAGGUGGCUGUCGGCACCUGCUGUCUGCAUCAGAAUUGAGUUUUGAAUGGGAGUCUGUUCGCUCGAUGUCCACGCGCGCGUUAAUACGAGACCUUAAUGACAUCACAAGCUGUUCCACCAGACGAUGGUAUGAAUGAGGGGGCGUGUCGUAUGUGUGUCCUGUCUCUAUGCAUGUAUGGAUGUAUACAUACGAUUUAUAAAGGGAUUGCUAGUGUGGUAGUGUGAUAACACAGAUUAUACUUAUUUUUAUUAGAUAAAAUAUAUACCUGAGGCCUCAGACGUUGAAAUUAGUUAAGCUAGAAAGAAAUAUUCUAAAAGUGAAAUAUCAGCAUGGUUUUUUUAUUUUUUUAUUUUUGAGCUAGCUUCUGCAUCCAAGUUUUUUUGACAAAAUUUUUUUUUUUAAAUUUAUUUAUUUAUUUUUUUUUUAAAUGCCAUCAUUCUUGUUUUCUGUUAAUCUCAAGCGUACUGCUCGUGGGUCCAAUCAGAUGUCUGUUUUGCUAGCCAUCGUUUCUGAUAAGAUACACGUUUUUAAGUCUAUAUAUAGUUCGGCUUUUGCUUUCAUCCUGUUACACUUUGUCAGCACAAAAUGUGGGAAUGCUCACAUUCGGGAACAUUAAGCGAAACAUUUGAGCUUUUUCUCUGGGUGAAUUAAAAGGCUCUGGAGAACUCUGCAGCUUCUUCGCUGUGUACCUUGGCGGUACAAUGUGCACACAAUAACGUCAACCGCAGUCCGUCCGGCGUGCUGUGGACGGCCCUCCGUUGGAUUCGCACUGAAACGAUCCCUGGUUCUGCUAGAGCGAUCCCUGUUCAGAGCCUACUGCCAAAACGUGUCGAUUCCUCUUAAAAACGCUUAAAAAGUCUUCCAUCUUUUCCAACAUCUUCUGUCGUCACUGUAGAAUAAAAUUCCAAAGAACUGUUUGCUUUCUCUUACUGUCUCCCUUUAGUAGUUUAAUCUCUCUCUCUCUUUCUCCGGUUCUAUCUCUCUCUCUUUCUCAGGUCCUUCUCUUUAACACGAAGGGCAGUUCUGUUCCCUGUAGUUGAUUUGUCUUGUCUCCGUGUCGUUAUGUGUGUGUGUGUGUGCGUGUGUGUAUACCUGUCACUUGUUGUACCUUGUGUGGACAGCAUGUUUUAACCCCAUGAGGGGUCACUUUGAAAAGUUCCUCUCACAGAAAGUCACCACCAGCUUCAUGGUAUUAAUGAACGUCACUGUACCAGACAUUCAGGGGAACCAAAUAUAUGUCAAAUAUAAAAAGUACAGAUUUAUCAUAAAUGUUAUCAACUAUUAAAACAAAAAUAAAGGCCUUUUAACUAC